UCAUGCAUCUUGAAAACAUCUGUAUCUACUGCAAAGGUGCUUUGUUACUCUACACCAUACGUCAGUUCCCUGAUCCCUGUCGGCCAACUCCUUAUUUGACAUAUUAGAGUGGAACUUUCGGCACAACUCCUGAAAAUUCUCCCUCUUCAGUUACACAUCUGCCCGCCGCAUCAGGAGUCCACACGAUCGUCUCUGCCAGCAGCGCACGAAUAUUGAUAACACACCUACGACACGCAUUCUUGCCCUCUAUUCAGUGCCAUCUCUAUACAACGUCAAAGUUAUAGCCCUCCGUUUACCUAUCAGGGGCAGCAAGUGUGAUCGCGGCUACAUUGGCUCAACUGGUCUUCGUUCUGGCGAUCCCAAGGCGGCCACAAACUCUAGCACAGUUUCUUAAAGGCUAGGCAGCGAAAAGAUUAGAAAGGAUAAAGCGUUUCUUACAAAUCACUCUCGUCAGCCCUCCCAUACCUACAAUUUCACGCUUCUCAGCAAUUUCUCACCUUCCCGGGAUGCCUGCUCAAACUCUUGGCAAACGAAGAUUGUCUUCAGGAUCGCCUUCCCUUCAAUCCAGCGCUUCCGCGUCGUCCAGCCGUGGACCACGAACAAGUUCAAGAGGUUUGAAAGCUUCGCAGGAGGAGUUGGGCCUCUCGGCUUUAGUGGUGUGUAAUGCAGACCAAGAAGCGAAGCUCAAUUAUGUAUCAGAGUCGAUGCAAGAUAUUCUUGGAUACACCCCAUCCGAUUUGAUUGGCAAGUCCGUGUACCUCAUCUUUCAUCCGGAUGAAGUUCCGUUUUUGCGACAGAUCCACUAUCAAGCUCUGACGGAGGAACGGACCGCCUGUGUGGCGUAUUUCCGGGUUCUUCAUCGUGAAGGAUACUACGUUGAGUGCUGUUGCUCCUACUAUACUGUGUAUAAUAUGUCCUUGGCGCUGUACACACGUGCAGUGGACGGUCAUCGUACACUUCAACAAGCCCUUACUGCUAGAGAAGUGAUCGAGGUCUCCCCGGCUUCUCAAGGUCGAUUCUCUGUCAAGCGAUGGUCAUCGUCCGCCCCUCAGACAUCAUCUCCACAGUCCAUCACCACCAUCGACAUUAACCAUCCUUGGCCAAAACCUCCAAAACCUACUCCACGGACAUUCUAUAUCAUGGACCGCUUUACAGAUACCAGCCGUGUCAUCUAUGUGAGCAACGACGUGAUCAUCAACGGUUCUUCACUUCUCAAACAGUCAUUCUACUCCAUCAUCAGACCCUCCGAUCGUCCCCGUAUUCGCAAAUAUAUCGAAGCAGCGAAAAAGUCCACACCAAUCAUGUUUGAUGAGCAGCGAUCAGGUGGACAUGGCUAUACGACCUUUCAUGUAUUGAAGAUUCCAGAUCUUCCACCUGCGGGUGAAAUAUGGCCUCAGGGCAAUGACGAGUCUGAACGUUCCAUGCCUGGACAAGAAUUUAUCCUCGUCGAGGGUAUCUUCACCGCCAACAGCGACGGCUUAACUUGCAUUAUCUCCAAGAUUCCUGAAGAAUCCAAAGCAUCGGAGCCUCCCAGAGCCUUAGAGAACAACACCAACAGCAAGGCAUCAGCUAUGGCGAUUGAAAAUCUGACAGGAUAGUAUCUUUUUUUUUUUACCAGGAGCAAACGAAGUAUAAUGUCUUGAGCUGGGUGCAGGGUACUGUCCAUAUCUGCAAUCUCUAAACUGGACUUGUAUCAAUAAUCCAUAUCAGUGCCACUAUUAUGUAGUAUAACAUUACGAGAGCAAAUAAUUAACGCAUCGAUUGUCAUUUCACAAGGCUAAAACACAUGCAUA